UAGUCGGAUAUUACAGGAGGUAUGAACUGAAGUUGGCAAAACAUGUGUUUACCCGUCCUCUCAUACCAUCAAUAAGACACGGUAUAAACGCAGUAUUUAUCAAUCAGGAACUGAGAAGAACUGAGCUUUCUCGUUAGUGAGGAACUACCACACGACUCGUACUGUUAGCUGAACACUGAUCCAGCAGGCAAUAAGAUUCUGAGCGGUCCUAAACCCACAAAAUGGGUUUGUUAUGUUGGAAGAAAGACUGCCCAGGAAGCAAAUAUAAUGGACUCAAAUUUGGAAAAUUCAACCGAUUUCUUCACUCAUGCCGCGAGGUUAUAAGUGACGUUCUGCCAAGGAGGGACUCCCCGCGAUAUUCAAGAUUGAAAAAUCAUGUUGACUAAAAUUGGAGUUGCAAACAUUGAUAUUAGCAACUGGUUAUAGGAGUUUGAGCGCAGAGAGAAAUAUCAGUUAUGGAUCCGAACCGAUCUGAUCGGGAUGAACUAAGAGAAGAACUGAUAUGUCCAGUCUGUUUGGACUAUUUUCAAAUUCCGAUCAUCAUGCCAUGUUCGCAUGUCUUGUGCCGCGGAUGCGCUGUACGCCUGUUUGAUCGCAAUUUCAUCAAGUGUCCAGUCUGUCGUGACCAAUCGUACGUCAGCGGGGGCGUUGAGAAUCUCCCGCGGGUGAUCACGCUCGAGAACAUUAUUGAUCGGCUACAACAGGGGACACCACCUGCAGGUGCGGAAGGUGGUGAAAUAGAGGCAGUGGAAAAUCCCUGUGACUUGGAGACCUCGAUCUUGUGCCAGAUGUGUCAGGGUAUGCCCAGACGAGCCAAGCGAUCUUGCCAGGACUGUAACGCCUCCUAUUGCUCACAAUGUUUAGAGCUGUCACACCCAAAUCGCCCACCGUUUACCGAGCAUCUUCUGACGGAACCUCGGGAGAACCCUCGUCCCAGGGUCCCAAAGUGUAGCGAACACAAGGAGAAGGCAAAUAUUUAUUGCAUGACGUGUUUGUCUCUUGGAUGCCUGGUCUGUUUUGAGCUGAAGACGCAUGAAGGUCACGAUCUGAAGUCGUUGGAUGAAGCAAAGGUGCUCUUGAUGGAGCUUCUGUCCGAGAAUAUCAAGAAACUGGACAGGUCACAAGAAUUGUUCUCGGUUGCUGUGGGUGACGGGGAAAAGCGACUCGAAGAAAUAAAGCUCUCCAUUGAGAGGAGGAGAAAACAGAUCAACGACGAAUGCAACUCACUUCUGAGCGAAAUUGAAGAUAAGCGACGCUACUUCAUGCAGGACCUUGAAUACGAGGCACGGAUCAAGAGCACAACCGUCGAAGAUUUCAUUAAUGAGUAUCAGCGUCAUUCCGUCAAGGCGUUGAGUCUCGCUCAAUACGCUAAGGAGUUGUUGCAGGAGACAGAUGCGGCAGCAUUUCUGCAGUUGGCACAUAGUGUGAAUGAGAGGGUCAUCAUUGGGACAGUGAAAGUGUCCGACAUUAGCGUGGAGUCCUCAGCAGACGUUGAGUGUGGGUCACCAAAGGUCAAGGCUGUUGACUUCAGGAAGGAAAGGACGUUACUCCGUGACCUAAACUACCUCAGGGCCCCGUCGACCCCUGCGAUUGAUGUAAACAAGUGUUCACGAUCCUGGAACACAGUCAUCCUGGUCCUGUCGCCCAUGGCAACCGACAAGAUGGACGACUUGGUCGACACGUAUCAUGUUUAUUACAGUACAGAGGAGGAGAUAAACAGGAUGACAAAGAAAGUGGAGGUCUUCAAAACGCCUCAAGAAGAACGAAAAGUCUUCAACCUGCUGGUGGGACAGAAUGCGUCCGCUGUCAUCAUGCCGUACCUACAGACUGGAACCAUGUAUUAUUUCUCCAUAAAAGCUGUCAACCCAGCGGGUGAGAGUGGUAGCUGUGAGGAUGUUGCCGUGGCAACAUUGGACACCACGGACACAGAGAUCUCUGUGCCAGUCAUUGACCAGAUGAGAUCGCGAACCUUCACGUCAUCCAUCCAACUCUACUGUGCUGCCCCCUCACAGCACCAACAUGAACCAACACUAGAGUUCCAUCUCCUCUACCGUGAAGCAAAUGUCAACAUCGCACCGCGGAUUUGGAAAAGUAAAACUAUGUCGUCACACGGAACGAAUAAUCACAGAAUUUUUGGACUGGAGCCAAAUACGCAGUACGAAUUUAUGGUGUUGGCGAGUGGGGAUGAUAUGGCGUGUCAGUUAUCCGAAGCUGUUGUGCUCAAAACGGAGAGUUCAGCGUAUUAAUCUGAGGGUUUACUUUCUCUUGGGCAUACAUGUAACUCGGGCGUAAAAAGGAUAAGGUGCUGGGAGAACCAAGUGUCAUUGCUUGCUUUUGGUUUUUGGGGCAAACACUACAUAUUCUUUAGCAUUGUUUAGGCCAAACUUGCACAACAACAAGAUUUUCAGGGACACAAGACAUUUGCCCUUUCAGCCCCUCUUGACUCUUAAAGUAUAAUGCCUAUCCAAGUGUGAACAGUAUGCUAUUCAUUUGAGCCAAAGUUUGCUUACUUUCCGAGAGAUUACUUAGAAACUCGUCCCUUGAGAAGCAAGUGACAUUUGGAAGUUGGUUUAUAACCAAGGCUGGUAGUGCAGUGGAAGUGUGUCAGUCUUCAUCUAAUAAAACCAUUUGUUACUCAAGGGACUAACUACUAUUGCGUUGCGUGUUUAUGAUAUCCUAUACUUCUAGCGUGGGCUGGGACCAUGUCGUCUGAAUGGAAACAAAAACUAGAGUAUGUCUAGUUAAAGUUAGUAGUCAUUUGAAGUAUUUUAGAAGAUUCGGUCGAGUCUUACAGGAAAGUGCUGAAUGUUCAUUCCCGUUUGACUCACAUGAAUCAACUUGUCCCUUCUAUCCUUGUAUGUCAGCUACUUAAUCAUUGUUUAUUCCAAGCUGUGUGAUAUAACUAUCUAGUCAGGGUGUCUUACAUGCCAAAGUACUUCUAUAAUUUAUAAUUUGUGUGAAUAAAAUGGAAAGUAUGAA